AUGAGGCAGCAACUCCGUCCUGUAUGGCAAUCACGGAAACUGACAAGGAGAGUUAAGCUCAAAAUAUUCCGGUCCAACGUGAAAACCGUUUUGCUGUAUGGGUGUGAGACGUGGAAGGUCACUAAAGACAUCUCGCACCGUCUCCAAGUCGUCAUUAACCGCUGUCUUCGCCGUAUUCUCGGUGUUUACUGGCCUGAGAAAAUCUCCAACGUAGACCUGUGGGAACGCUGCGGUGAGACUCCGAUCGACCAGCAGAUCAAACGCCGCAAAUGGAACUGGAUCGGCCACACGCUCCGAAGGGACAUACCGAGGCAAGCCCUAGACUGGAAUCCCCAAGGAAAGUCCUCGUGCAUGGGGGUUAGUCCACACCGUCCACCGGCGUAUGGGCCGCGAGGUGCCAUGUUGACGGCGACGCUGCCGGUGCUCGCCGCGCUGGCCGUCGUGUCUGGAGCCAAACAUAAGCCUGUUUUUAGUGAAGAAAUCAAAGAAAUAAUCCAGCAUGUUCACAACGAGUGCGUCGCCAAGACCGGGGUCGCCGAGGAGGACAUAACGAAUUGCGAAAACGGCAUAUUUAAAGAAGACGUGAAAUUGAAGUGCUAUAUGUUUUGCCUACUGGAAGAAGCGAGCCUCGUUGAUGACGAUGACGCCGUAGAUUAUGACAUGUUAGUCAGUCUUAUUCCAGAGGAGUAUUCUGAAAGGGCGUCCAAAAUGAUAUUUGGUUGCAAACAUCUAGAUACCAACGAUAAGGAUAAAUGCCAGAGAGCAUUUGAUGUCCAUAAAUGUUCUUACGACAAAGAUCCUGAUUUCUACUUUUUGUUCUAA